UAGAGGUCUUUAAAAAAUUUGGGCUACUAGAAAAUUAGCUAAAAGUAAGACUUUAGAAAAUUUUUAAAUUAUACGUUAAGAAUUGUUUAAAUUCUUUCUUACUUCAACUAUUAUUCAACAUAAUAUUAUGACACCAUUUACUUUUCUUAGCACUAUAAAAUAUGAAGAAUCGGAUGAAAGCUAUAACAAACUUUGUGUUCCAGCUUGUGCUGUUAAGAGCUAUAACUUUAAGAACGGGUCCUUUGCUUUCGUCCGCUUGAAAAAUUGUGAAGUUAACAAGGACUUUGCAGCAGUAGCUGUUCUUCAAGUGAGAUUUUGUAAAAGUCAACUGUCGGAAGGACCUUUGGGGGAAGACGAGGGGUAUGUAAUGGAUUGCGGAGAUGUUUAUAUAAAUAGGGCGUUAUGUUAUAACUUGAGCCUUCCUCCUUCCUGCUUGAAUCCUUUAUUUAAGGCUACACUUACUUUAAGAGCGCUCGAGCCUACCUUUCUAAAUAAUCUUCAACAUUUUCCUUUUGAGAUGCCUUUAGUUCAGCCUGCUCAUACUGUGCUCCUUACUCUCGCCGUCCGACUUGCUUAUAAAAGGGACGCCCCUUUAAUCUUUUCUCUUUCACCGAGUCGACGUAUAAAUAGAGGAUUGAUUACGAUGUAUCUCUGCCAUCGCUAUGUGAAGGUUGGAGAAAUGAUUUUUGCGGAUUGGUAUGGCGGCUCCGAAGAAGUUUUGUUUGUAAUUGACGUUAAGGGAUCAUUAAGUACACCCUGCGAUCGGUUGCAAGAAUGUUCUUUUUUAAUUAAGGAAUCUACGGAAUUUAACUAUUUAACGGGCGAAGAAACCAUGGAAUAUAUAAGUACAUGUCAGCAAAAUAUUAAAGGCCUUAAGACUUCAGCCGUACAUCCAUUACUAAGUAACUAUCUUGAUCACUCAAACGGCGACCCAGAGAAAUGUCUAAAAGUUGUAUGCAGGAAAUUUCCGGGGCACACUUCUUUUGUAAACUCCGUUUUGACCUUUAUUAGAAAUGGGCUUAGCACGCAGUACUUGCAAGACUGUAAAGCUGCUAACCUGGCUCCCUCGCGUAGCCUAUGUGUCUAUGGAGAGACUGGUGUGGGGAAGUCUUCUUUAAUUAAAACAAUAGCCGAAAAUUAUGGAGUACCAUACUUGCUGCUUGAAGGAUCCCUUUUUAUAGCAGGAGGAGAUGAAAGCGCCCAGGGCAAACUCAAAGAACUGUUUAACUUCAUACGAAACAGUAAUGCUUGCAUCAUCGUUAUUGAUACUCUUGAAUCGCUUCUUCCUAACCAAACUAAUUUCGUUGAGAGUAGUGUCGAAUCACGUUUAAAGAAAACUUUUUAUAAGUUCUUGGAUGGGUUAUCAAUAAACUAUGACCUCCGAGUUUUGUUAAUUGCUAUUUGCCCGUCCUUAUCUGCCUGUGAUUCCGGUCUGGACGCGUACGGCCGCUUUGACACUGUUCUCUGCAUUUCUCCUCCCGACUACGAUCAACGAAAAGCAAUACUUAGCCGUUUAUUUGAAAACUUUGCAUUCAGUGUUAGCGAGAAAGGAGAACUGUUGAGAUGGUUGCUGCGGUUCACAAGCGGUUAUACUCCAGCGCAUUUGCAACAUCUAUGUAAGGUUGCUUUAAGUUUUGCUGUAAAGCGUACAGCUGAGCCAACAAAAAAUAGCCUCGUGGUAGGUCGAUUUGAGUUCGAGAAGGCUCUUCAGCUCGUACCGCCACCAGCACUCGCUGAAUUUCAACCCAAGAUCCCUCAGCUCACCUUUCGUGAACUGGCUGGAAUUUCUCAUGUAUACGAAAUGCUGAACUCUCAUAUUGUUUUGCCAUGGGAGAAUCAAAGCCUCCUAAGAAAGCUUGGUGGCACCAUUCCGACAGGAUUACUGCUGAAUGGAAAGCCAGGAACAGGAAAAACUUCCAUCGCGCUUGCGCUUGCCAACUUGCUGCAGUUGAAGGUUGUCCGCGUCGACUGCUCUUCAGUUCGAUCAAAAUUUGUAGGUGAAAGCGAGAAGAUACUUUCGAAGAUCUUUACGCGCUGCAGGCUGGCGGCGCCGUGCGUAUUGCUCCUCGAUCAGAUCGACGUGCUCGGACUAAAACGGGCGGCAGACGGGGACCAAUCGGCUGAUCGUCUUCUGUCGUGUCUGCUUACGGAGAUGGACGGCAUCUUUGGAAAUUCAGUUGCCCCCGAAAGCGUGUUGGUCGUGGCAACGACGGACCGCCCAGAGGUACUGGACCCAGCUCUUCUGCGUCCCGGUCGGCUAGAGGUUCACAUUGAAGUGCCCCUUCCGGACAAGCGGGCUAGAGGGGAGAUAUUGGAAGCGAAGUUAUUACACACCCCCUCCAAUCUCACCCUCGAUAUUUUCAGAGAGGCGGUGGAUGCCACGGCAGGCUGCUCAGACCCACGCAGGCGCGGAUCUAGAGAAUUUGUGCAGGGAAGCGGUGAUGACUGGUCUCCGCGAGGAUAUCCAUAUGCCUGCUCUUGAGGACUGCCAUAUGCGGACAUCCUUGGAAGAAUUGAGGCGGCGCCUUCAGGCGUCUCGCUGACCAUACAGUCAAUAAUUAGCGAUCCGGCUUCUUGUUUUUAUCGCGCCUCUCCAUCGUCGCGAUGCACUCCUGACAGUACCUGAGCAGCCCUAAACAGGGAAAAAGAAAUGGAAACGAGACGGUCGAGGGUGAACCAUUUCCCUUUAGGCGGUUCCGUAAUGCCCACACAUGCGUAGUGAAACCACUCACGGAUGCACUCAUCGUUAUCACAGCCAAUCAUUUCGUUGUGAG